AUGGCCGGGCUAUCUGACUCUGUGUGUGGAAAGAGUUUCUCAACCAAACAAAGUCUUGAUGUUCACAUGAGAGUUCAUACUGGAGAGAAGCCGUUCUCAUGUGAUCUGUGCGGGAAGAGUUUCACAUACACACAAAGUCUUGAGAAUCACAUGAUGAUCCACACCGGUGAGAAGCCGUUCACUUGUGAUCAAUGUGGCAAAACAUUUCUCUGGGCAUCAAAUCUGAAGAGACACCUGAAAGUUCAUACAAAGGAGAAGCCACAUUCAUGUUCUGUGUGUGGAAAGAGUUUUUCACAGCUGCAAAAUUUACAUAGACAUCGGAAAACACACACUGGUGUGAAAGAGUACAUGUGUUUUGAGUGUGAGAAGACUUUUACUACAGGGAGCGAUUUAAAACUGCACCAGAGAAUUCACACUGGAGAAAAACCUUACAAGUGUUCACACUGUGACAAGAGAUUCAGUCUGUCAACUGAUCUAAAAAAACAUGAGAUGAUCCACACUGGAGAAAAACCUUACAAGUGUUCUUACUGUGACAAGAGAUUUAGUCAGUCAUCACAUCUGAAAACACAUGAAAGGAUUCACACUGGAGAAAAUCCUUACAAGUGUUCACACUGUGACAAGAGAUUCAAUCAGUCAUCACACCUGAAAACUCAUGAGAGGAUCCACACUGGAGAAAAACCUUACAAGUGUUCACAUUGUGACAAGAGAUUUAGUCGGUCAUCAUCUCUGAAAACACAUGAGAUGAUCCACACUGGAGAGAAACCUAACAAGUGUUCACACUGUGACAAGAGAUUCAGUCAGACAAUAAAUCUGAAAACACAUGAGAUGAUCCACACUGGAGAGAAGCCGCACAUGUGUGAUCAGUGUGGAAAGAGUAUCCUGCUUUCCCAGCUGCAUCAGCCUGACCUGAUCUUUCCUCUCAGGAACCUGAUGAAUCUGGAUCUUCAGCUGGAGACUCUCCAGAAACUACAACAGAAUGAUCAAAUCACUGUUAAAACAGACUGUAUGGAUUCUUCCAUUAAGAUCAGUCACACUGGAGUGAAGCCGUUCACAUGUGAUCAGUGUGGAAAGAGUUUCUCAGUAAAACAAUAUCUUGAGCGUCACAUGAGAGUUCACACCGGAGAGAAGCCACACGCAUGUGAUCAAUGUGGGAAGAGUUUCAGUCAAUUUGCACACCUUAAAGAUCACAUGAUGAUCCACACCGGAGAAAAGCCGUUCACAUGUGAUCAAUGUGGGAAGAGCUUCAUACGAAAAGUACAUCUUAAGGGUCACAUGAGAGUUCACACUGGAGAGAAGCCACACACAUGCGAUCAAUGUGGGAAUAGCUUCACGCGAUCACAACACCUUAAAGCACACAUGAUGAUCCACACCGGAGAGAAGCCGUUCACAUGUGGUCAAUGUGGAAAAACAUUUAUUGGGUCAUCAGCCCUGAAGAAACACCUGAGAGUUCAUACGAAGGAGAAGCCACAUUCAUGUUCUGUGUGUGGAAAGAGUUUUUCACUGCUGCAGUAUUUACAUGAACAUCAGAAAACACACACUGGUGUGAGAGAGUACAUGUGCUUUGAGUGUGAGAAGACUUUUACUACAGCGACCAAUUUAGAACGACACCAGAGAAUUCACACUGGAGAAAAACCUUACAAGUGUUCACACUGUGACAAGAGAUUCAGGCAGUCUGGACAUCUGAUAAAACACAAGAGGAUCCACACUGGAGAAAAGCUGCACACGUGUUUUUAGUUUUAGUUCAUUUAGUUUAUUCGGUCAUCCGUCCAUCCAUCAAAAAAAAAAAAAAAAAACUUUUAAAUUAAAUUAUACAAUCCUUCAACAUAUCAAAGACAAGGACAAAGACCAAAAGGGUCAAGGCUGAAGUCUGAACUUAUUAUGCCUAGUCCUCUUACCAUAAAACAGUAUAUCAAGAAGAAAACAAAGUCAUACAUAAUAUACUUUAUAUUACCAAAAACAGAAGUUAAAACAGAAUUAAAUAAGGUUAAUCAUCUUCCCAUUGGUUCACACAUUUGUAAUAAUAAUAAUCCUAUUUACUAAUCAUUUAUUUGUUUUUUUUUAUAAUACUAAUCCUUUAUAUCUUUCAAUGACAUUAGAUUUGUACAUUUUUUACAAUAGUUUUGCUGUAUAACACCCUUUUAAUUUCUCAUCUAGACUAUUCCACAUAUUUACCCGUCAAACGCUAAUAUAUUUCCUUUUUUUAUUUGUUCUCACAUUGUUUUUUUGAAAAAUGCCUAUUCCUCUGAGGUUAUACUGACUCUCUCUGAGCUUGAACAUCUGGAGACUGUGAGGGAGCUGAUGGUCGUAUGCCUUGUGGAUCACAACUGCUGUAUUUAGGUCAACAAGGUCAUGUAUUUUCAAUGUAUUUAAUUUUAUAAAUAAGGGAUUUGUUGAUGCAAAAUAUUUGUCCUGAUUUACAAUUCUAAUAGCCUACUUUUGGAGUAAAUAGAUUGGAUUCAUAUUUGAUUUGUAAUUAUUCCCCCAAAUUUCUACACAAUAAUAAAGGUAUGGCAGAAUGAGAGAAUUGUACAAUAAAAACAAUGACUGUUGAUUUUCAAAGUUUUUCAUUUUACACAUUAUAGCAAUAGUUUUAGCAUUUUUCAUCUUUAUGAAGUUUAUAUGCAUUUUCCAAUUCAAAUGUUCAUCAAUACAGAUCCCCAAGAAUUUAUUGGCAGAUACCUUUUCAAUUUCUAUAUCAUUUAUUUUAAUUUUGACUUCUUUUUUAAUUUUCCUAUUGCCGAAUAUAAUAUAUUUAGUUUUACUUAAGUUCACUGAGAGUUUGUUUAUGUCAAACAUUUUUUAAAUAUCCUUAUCUCAUUU